AACGUUAAUGUACAGAGUAGGCGUGGCUACACACCAUUUUGAGGUUUUGGACUAUUACAAUCUCUUUGUCUCGAGUUUUAGAACAUUAUUUUUAAACAGAUAUGAUUAUUUAUAAGGAUUUAUUUACAGGAGCUGAGCUCUUCUCUGAUACUUACAAAAUGAAAGUAGUUGACGACAUCUUUUAUGAAGUGGAAGGAAAAAUGACAACUGAAAGUGGUGGAGGCAUUGAUGAUGCACUGAUUGGCGGUAAUGCCUCCGCUGAGGAUGGGGCAGAAGAAUUAGAGGAAACAUCUGUUUCUGGUUGUAAUAUUGUAUUAGCAAACAAACUUGAAGAGACCAGUUUUAGUUCUAAGAAAGAUUAUCAGUUAGCAGUAAAGGGAUAUUUAAAGAAGCUAUCUGAGCGUCUGCAGGAGAAAGAUCCUGAAAGAGCUGCUGCUUUUAAGGCUGCAGCUCAACCAGCAAUGAAAAAGAUAUUUGAAAAUUAUAAAGAUUUUCAAUUUUUUCAUGGAGAGGGUGAUUAUGAAACUGCUGGAAUGGUUGCCUUAUUGAAUUUCAGAGAAGAUGGGCUUACGCCAUACAUGCUCUUCUUUAAAGAUGGUGUCAUCGAAGAGAAAGUUUAAUGAAAUUUUCAUUUUGAAGUCUUUGUUUCUGCCCUACAGUCUUGAUAUUAUAGAAGUUAAUUUAUUAUUUAAACUAUUAAGAAUUAAAAUUGCCUUCAUUUGUUAAUUCAUUGUUGUAUUGUUAUUGAUUCUACUUUAAAAAUUGA